AUGAAUGUAACUACAGUGAGUGGAUACUCUAACAUUCUAGACGAUAAAAUACAUCUUAACAAUAAAUUUUUGUCAAAAAUUCGUUUCAUAUUGGCUACUGAAUUUGAUAAAUUAUUUCUUGAAAAAGAAGAUUCGUUAAUAAAAUUGGCUGAUAAUGAAAUUGUUCUAAAGCUAAAAAAUUUUGAAUAUGCGCUAGAAGAACGUUUAAACGUUUUGUCAAUUUUUGUACAGGAAAAAGGGCAAAAUUCGGUUUUGAAAUUUAUAAGUGAUAAACAUGUCUUGGAUAUUAAUAAUGUGAAUGAGCAGCCAAUGGCUAUUUUAGAUAAAUUUGAUGAAAUAAGGAAUGAUGAAAUUCCAUUUGACUUAUUUUUCUGUGAUUUUACAAAACAAAUGAAAUAUGGUGUUGUUAUCAUCAACAAAAAAGAUCACAACAAAAGUAUAUACAAGGAAAGUAAAUUCUCCAUAAAUAUAAAAAUGAGUUUGAAUAUUUUAUUCGAAAAUUUAGGAAAAUUGCUUAAUAUAUCAUUUUUCCUUUCUCAAAAAAUUAGAACACGUUACUAUAAUAUAGUUAUGUUGAUUUGUUUUGGCAUGACUUUGGUAAAAAAUAAUUCUCAAAGUUCGUUGACUAGAACAGGCAAAGUUUAUAAAACAUUCCAGGAUGGAAGCCUUUGGUUUAAGAAUCAUCGAGGGAAAGGUGUAAAUAUUUCUGCCCAAAUAUUUGAGACAAAGACAGGAAUACAAAUUGAAUCAGAUAUACCCGUGGCAAGUGUUGAAUUAAUUGAAGAAGUUAAAAAUGAAAGAGAGGAAUUGGAAGAGAUGAACGAAGCGGAAUUUAAAAAGAGAUGGAAUGAAGCAAUAAUCGACGAGUUAAAAUAUAAUCAUGAUGAGGAUGUUGCCCAAAGAUUAAAAGUGAUAAGAAGUGAAAAAUACGAGAUUUUUAAAGACUUGAAAGAAUUAAAUAUAAAAUAUGAGAAAAUUGAAAAAGAACUAAAAGAAUUGAAAAACAUACGCAAAGAUUUAAAGGAGUCUAAAGAAUUAAAAGAAAAAGUGGACAAGAUAGAUGAAAUAUUUGAAGAGAUAAAAGAUAUAAAAAUGGGAAACAAUAAAGAACGAAAAGGAAAAUUUAGUAAAAUAUCUGAAAUGAUAUUACACAAGGAUACUUCAAAAAAACCCAACAUGUCUAAACACAAAUAUCACUAUGAAGGAAUAAGCAAUAGAUAUGAGAUGAUUAAUGGCAGUGAAGAAAUCAAGAAUAUAGAAAUCGAUAAUGAUAAAAGGUUGCUAGAAGAACUACAUCAAUUAAACGACAAAUAUAAGAAAGGUGAAAUAAAAAAAAUAAAUAUUGAAGAAAAUAAAAAAAUAAAAGAAGAAUUGAAAUUAUUUGAUAAAUAUAAGAAAAUAGAGAAGGAAAUUAAAUUAUUGGAAAACAAACUUGAAAGUUUAGAGGUGUCGAUAGAAUUGAAAGAAAAAAUAAACGAAAGAGAUAAAAUGGCGAAAAAUAUAGAAAUUAAAGACAAGAACUAUAAAGAAUUGGAUGAAAAGUUAGACAUGAUAGAAAAUGAACAAAAGAAGAUAUGGGAAGAAAAAUUGGAAAAGAUAAAAGCUGAGAAUGAAAAAAUUUUGAAAGAAAAUUUGGAAAAUAAACGUAAGGAAAUGUUGGAGAAAUAUAAUGAUUUUAUUGUUGGAUUAAAAGAAAGAUGGUUUAGAGCUCUUUUUUAUCAUUUACCUGAUGAAGUAUUAAAAUGUGGAAAUAAAAAUAGUGUGAUAAUUGAAUUAAGUAAGGAAAACGAAGAAAAAGAAGAAGCAUGUACUAGCACUAAAACAAUUAAAGAUGAAGAAGAGGAACAUUUUCUUUAUUUUGACAAAAACAGUCUAAUUGGUAAACCAUUUUUGCUACACAUUUAUGGAAAAGAAAAUGCAAUAAAAUUGCAUAAAGAAAAAAAGGAUUCGGCGAUUUUUGUGAAUUUAAACGAUAAAAAUAUAUUUGAAGUGAAUGAAGGCAAGUUUUCUAAAGACAACUACAUAAAUAAGAUUAAAUGGUACUUUAUGGAUAUGUCACCCCCUCCUAUUUUGAGUCUCAGAGUUUUCCUUAUGCGUAGAAAAUGGUCAGAGAUUAUGUAUUUUCUUCUCCAUGUCAAUCAUUUUUUCUUCAAGCAAGAUAAGUGA